AUGAGCUCCUUCUACAGGACAGCUUCAAGGAAGCCUGAGAAACUAACUGUAAGCCUCCACCUUCAUGCCUCCACGCCUCCACCUCAACGCUUCAACCACCAACCCUCCACCUUCACUCUUCCACCUCCACCCCUCAAUCUUCACACCUCCACCUCCGAGCUUCAAUCUUCCCCUUCAACUUUUAUUCCUCCAACUCUACUCCUCUAUCUUCUCUCCUCCCCCUUCACGUCUCAAUCUGCAUGCCUCCAUCUUCCUAUCUCCACCUUCACGUCUCCACCUCCAAACCUUCACACCUCCACCUUCACGCCUCCACCUCAACCCUUCCAACACCAAGCCUCCACCUUCACUCAUCCACAUUCAGGCCCCAACCUUCACACCUCCACCUCCAUGCCUCCACAUCCAUGCCUCCACCUCCAUGCCUACAAUUCCACGCCUCUACCUCCACCCCUCAAUCUUCACACCUCCACCUCCGAGCUUCAAUCUUCCCCCUCAACUUUUAUUCCUCCACCUCUACUCCUCUAUCUUCUCUCCUCCCCCUUCACGCCUCAACCUGCAUGCCUCCAUCUUCCUUCCUCCACCUUCACGCCUCCACCUCCAAACCUUCACACCCCCACCUUCACGCCUCCACCUCAACGCUUCCAACACCAAGCCUCCACCUUCACUCAUCCAUCUUCAGGCCCCAACCUUCAUACCUCCACCUCCAUGCCUCCACAUCCAUGCCUACAAUUCCACGCCUCUACCUCCCCCCUCAACCUUCACACCUCCACCUCGGAGCUUCAAUCUUCCCCCUCAACUUUUAUUCCUCCACCUCUACUCCUCUAUCUUCUCUCCUCCCCCUUCACGCCUCAUCCUGCAUGCCUCCAUCUUUCUACCUCCACCUUCACGCCUCCACCUCCAAACAUUCACACCUCCACCUUCACGCCUCCACCUCCAAACCUUCACACCUCCACCUUCAUGCCUCCACCUCCAAACCUUCUCACCUCCACCUUCACGCCUCCACCUCCAAACCUUCUCACCUCCACCUUCACUCAUUCACCUUCAGGCCCCAACCUUCACACCUCCACCUCCAUGCCUCCACAUCCUUGCCUCCACAUCCAUGCCUACAAUUCCACGCCUCUACCUCCACCCCUCAAUCUUCACACCUCCACCUCGGAGCUUCAAUCUUCCCCCUCAACUUUUAUUCCUCCACCACCAAUGCCUCAAACUCAAUACCUCCACCUUCACGCCUCCACCUCCAAACCUUCACAACCUCCACCUUCACGCCUCCACCUCAACGCUUCCAACACCAAGCCUCCACCUUCACUCAUCCACCUUCAGGCCCCAACCUUCACACCUCCACCUCCAUGCCUCCACAUCCAUGCCUACAAUUCCACACCUCUACCUCCCCCCCUCAAUCUUCACACCUCCACCUCGGAGCUUCAAUCUUCCCCCUCAACUUUUAUUCCUCCACCUCUACUCCUCUAUCUUCUCUCCUCCCCCUUCACGCCUCAACCUGCAUGCCUCCAUCUUCCUACCUCCACCUUCACGCCUCCACCUCCAAACCUUCACACCUCCACCUUCAUGCCUCCACCUCCAAACCUUCUCACCUCCACCUUCACGCCUCCACCUCCAAACCUUCUCACCUCCACCUUCACUCAUUCACCUUCAGGCCCCAACCUUCACACCUCCACCUCCAUGCCUCCACAUCCAUGCCUACAAUUCCACGCGUCUACCUCCACCCCUCAAUCUUCACACCUCCACCUCCGAGCUUCAAUCUUCCCCCUCAACUUUUAUUCCUCCACCUCUACUCCUCUAUCUUCUCUGCUCCCCCUUCACGCCUCAACCUGCAUGCCUCCAUCUUCCUACCUCCACCUUCACGCCUCCACCUCCAUGCCUCAACCUCAAUGCCUCGAACACCAUGCUUCCACCUUCAAUCCUACACCUUCAGGCCUACACCCCCACACCUGCACCUCAAUGCCUCAAACUCAAUGCCUCCACCUUCAAUACUACACCUCCAUACCUCCAGACACAUUUAGCCUCAUCCUCCACUUUCACUUCUCCACCUCCAUGCCUCCAUCUUCACACCUCCACCUUCACACCUCCACCGCCAUGCCUCCACUUCAACGCCUUCACAUUUGCACCUCCACCUCCAUGCCUCCACCUCAACGCCUUGAACACCAUUCCUUCACCUUCAGGCUUACCCCUCCGUACCUCCACCUCCAUGCCUCCAUUUCAAUGCCUCAAACACCACACCUCCACCUCCAUGCCUCCACCUUCAGGCCUCCACCACCAAUACUCCACCUUCAUGACUCCAACACCCCACCUCCAUCUUCACGUCUCCACCUCCUCGUUUCCACCUCCAGGCCUCCACCUUCAUGCCUCCAACUUCAUGCCUCCACCUUCAGGCCUCCACCCCCAUUCCUCCACCUUUGCGCCUCAACCUUCACUCCUCCAGAUUCACUCCUCCUUGCACACUUUGAAGCAGCAUCAUUCGUUCAUCUAAACCUGCUGACCCACACUGAUGGGUAA